UGUCCCUACACCCUGCCACAAGCGAGUGAUUAUACAUCAAAGGCGCCGGGCGGGCGAUAGCAUACUUGAACUUCCAUAUAUGGUGCGCACAAGCCAACAUGCGCGAAAGCGGGCUGUCGAACCGAGCAAGAACUGCUAGAACCAAGCCAACGCCAUAAGAGCCAACCUUGACCAUGACCGGGGCCCAAAAAAAGCUCCCCGUGGCGGGGGCCACUGUGUAGGAUGACAAGGAGGGGGUCUUGAAGUCAUCCACCAAUCUCUACCGUGAAUAACAAUCAUGAAAUUCCGUGUCGGUAUUCAGCCCGGUCUACGGGUCAUCUUUUCCUCUUCGUCUUUCUCUAUUUUUGUCUCGUUCCUGUUCAUUAACCUUGGCAGAGAAUCCAGAAAAUCUUAUCACAAGUCGCAACUCACCUCCCUGGCGUCAUGGACGUUCGAUCUGGACCGCACCAUACGGAACCGGAGAUGGCGUAUCUCCCUUUAUCCCUCGACAGGGAACAAUCUGAUGGGCUGCGCUUUAAACAACUUCUCACAACACUCCAAGACUCCGCCCUCGGCAUUCAACACUAUUCCGGACCUGAACAAUAUUCCAGCGUACAGACCUUUAGGGAGGCCUUGGAACAGACUGAAAACGCCAUCGCGUCUCUCGCGGCGACCAAUCAACAGCUAUACGAGGAAAUUGAACGUCUGAAAAUGACCAAUAAGGAAACGGAAGCGACAGAGUUGAAGAAGAAACUUGCACAACUCAACGAAGAGUUGACCAUGUGGCGAAGGGCAGGCACUCUAAGAUGCAGGAGUAAGCCGUGUCAGGAAGUAUUUAUGACAUUCCAAGCCCUGAAGAAUCACGAAAAGUGUGUCCACAACAUAGGGGCAGAGAGAUUCUCUUGCCCGUAUUGCAGCAAAACAUACGUAAAAAAGCCAUCGUUCGACGAGCACCUACGGCGCUGUGAGGCGACAGUUACGAACCAAAAUCAUUUCGAUAUAGUGCCAGCCGUUAUAUCGCCCCUAAGUCAAGCAGUCUAUACAACAUCUGCAAACCAGACAAAUUCAUUCGGUAAUACACCGAGUUAUCAUUCGUUGACGGGCGCGUCGUUAUCUCCUCCUACAGUCCAAAUGACCCCUUCUUCACAGCUGGAAUUUCAGUUCCAGCCCAACGACUCGAUUGCGACAUUCUCAUCUUCACAGCUUGGACCUGGAAUAGACAACGCAGGCGCCUUCGCUCCGGAAUUACACAUAAGUUCGGCCGAAGGGUACUCCCCAGGGGAGUCCACACCCCCACCACACUACAUCUUAUCGCCUACCGAUCAACGAACCACUUGCUCCAUUCCAAUGUUUACAGAACCUGCCUGGCGCCCUGAAGGAUCACUGGAUCAUCAAUAUCAACUGCCCCUUGCCCCAGUGACGACUCAGGUGUCAGAAGAAGCGUCAAGAGCGUUGCAUUUUCUCCGACCGGGUCAGAUAACGCUCUCGAGAAGGCAGAGCGCCCCGGCUUGUUCUUUACCUCUGAUGCCAGGAGAGAAUCCGCCUUUUCGUCUUAAUGGACCGCCUCCGCCAUUGCCAUCACAUUUAUCAGUGGCUGUGGCGUCGCCGCCGCCGCCGCCUGCUAGCCUUGGCUACACCGAGCAGCAGGCGCUGAGUCUAACGGAGGAACAGCCUCAAAUGACGUUCCACCGUGUGGGCGACAAGAAGAAGGGGCGGAUUCAAAUCGCCCAGAGCAACAUCAUACAGCAUAACACGUGCUUCACCAGCGGUGCGGAAACACGGAGCUAUGGCGCUGCGGGAGGAUGGUCGAAUAUGAAUUAUGCCAACACUGGGUUCGGUAUGUGAGGCAACUAGCAUAGCAGUUUUGUCAUAUAAUUUUGGGACAUCGAAGCGUACAGGCGUUGGAAAGCUUCCAGGGACCGAGGGACUUGACUGGUCAUUGAUCUCUAACUAUCAUUUGCUUCUUUAAUCCAAGUAGGCCUUAUCUUACUAGUCACCAACACCUUCGAAUCCUCUAUUCUUUU